UGUAGUACGCGCCUGCUAGAUUGUUCUUCGCCAUAUUAUUUUCGCAACGUUUUAUUGUAAAUACAGACUUUUAGAUGGCUGAAGGUAAUUCAGACGAAGGAGCAGCUGGCUGCGAAGACAAGAAGCUCUCAGAUAUCUUCCUAAGUGGCUGGAACAUCUUUGACGAGCUAGAAGUUUCAGAGCUGCCCUUUAACAGCAGCGAGUUUCAGAACAAGGUCAAGACGGCAAUGAGCCUUUUCGAGGAGGCCACUGUCAUCGUGAACCAAGUUAGCAUGUUCAGUGCCAACGAGCUGAUCGAUGAAGUCUCAACCGACUCGCUGCCCUUCAUGCUGCUGCCUUACUUUUUGGCCAAACUAACUACAAAGAUCAACAACUCCAGCAACACGGAUGUUUUGGAUCUGGGCGAGAUAUACUUCAAGGAUCACCUGCAGCGUUGCCAGGAGUACGAUCUCUGCGAGACGCCCAAAUCAAAGGAGGAGAGGCAGGACAAGCAGGCAAGUAACCAAAGUGAGCAGCGACAGCUCAUGGAGGCCGCUUUCAAUCGUAACGACAAAAUCGCCCAAUAUCGCCGAAUGAAGGAGAUCGACGAGUAUAUGGACAAAAUGCGGGCUGCCAUCAAAAACAAAACGGCUGACGACGAGGUCAGACGGGAGUUCUUUCUUAAGUAUUUGGACAAAAGCAUUAUUGACUCCAAACAGGAGUUGGAAUCGCUGCGGGUGAUGAAGGAGCUAGCUAAGAUGCGCCUGGCGCGCCUGACCGGUGGCGAUGUUGUUGACGAAGUUGACAUUUCCCACUUCCACCAGCCGCAGCAAAACUCCGCGUCGUCUAUUUCUGCCUCCCGAGGACACGGACACAGUCACGGGCCAGGACACCACCACAACCAUCAGCUGUCAUCCGCACCUAAGCCGAAACCACUGCAGCCAUUUAUCAUAACGCGCAAUGCCGCGCAAAAAGCGGUGUUUGGGCUGGGCUAUCCCAGUUUGCCUAUUAUGAGCGUCGACGAGUUCUACCAGAAGCGCGUCGAUGAAGGAAUAUUCCCUGAUGAGGAGAAAGUGGCCAAAAUGAAUCAGGCACAGGCUAUCGCGGCAGCACGGGAUCCCAACGAACAGGAGGACGAAGAAAAGGCGGUCGAGGAACAGCAGGUUGAGGAGGACGAUCCGGAAUAUCUGGACCGCAUGAGGCGCAUGGACGAGUAUAAGGAUGUGGUGCGACGCGGAGAUGGGAACCGGCACAAUCGUAGCUAAGAAGCACUUUUAAAUAUUUUGUAUUUUUUCUAAAUUAUAAAAAUGG